CAUCCGCCGUCCGCGGGUAGCCGCUCGAAUUCAAAGUUCAAUCUCGGUUCAAACUUUGAUAAAGAAGAUAAGAAAAUGUUUUAAGAUAACUUACAGUAUGCGUUGAUCACGGUCGUGUUACACAUGUGAUGUCUAUAUUGCUGUGAUAAUAAAUAAACAUGGGUGUUAAAAGAAGCGGUGUACUUGAAUUGGUGUCAGGUUGGGCGGCGGUGGAAUUAUUUUUCCAAUGUGUUUAUAUUGGUUUGUGGCAAUUACUCCAGCUAGCUGUGCGAAGGUUAUGGAAAGGACAUCGUAGAAAAUUAUCCAAUAACAAGCCACCGGUGGAAUUGACCGUGGACUCGUCAAUUGGAACUCAUUGCUAUAUAAAAAUUAUGGGAGUCAAAUACCACUACGUUGAAACAGGGCCUCGUACAGGCCAAGUGAUAUUAAUUCUCGGAGACGCCCCUGACACUGGCAACCUAUGGGUACCCUCCUGGUCCUCCAUAGUUCGGAGGCUAGCUGACAAUGGUUACCAUGUGAUCACAUUGGACCUCCGAGGGUCUGGAGGCAGUGAGAGUGGGGAUCGACGAGACCUGUCUCCGCCAAGGGCUGUGGAAGAAUUAGCGGGGCUGUUGAAAGCUUUAGGGGUGUCGGAAGGCUGUCCCGCUAUUGUUAUUGGCUUUGGAAUUGGAGGUUUACUUACUUGGUAUCUAGUACACUGCCAAGGGUCCCUGAUAAGCAAGUUCAUAGUGGUUGGAGCACCACAUCCGAAUCUCUACUGGCAACACCCACCAGCUAAGUUUUGUCAACGAUCUCUGCAUUUCAUACAGUGGCCUUAUUUCCCUGAAAGAUGGCUUGCUGAGGGCGUGUCAGAAAACAAUAAAUGGGCAAACUCUCGAGCAAGAGAUUGGACCGGCGCGUUAAACUAUGUCAGAGGGGCAGCCUGGUACCGAAUACGACCGGAGCACAAGGUCCAAGCGCGUUGCUUGCUGGUCGGCGCCAAAGACAGCUCCGCGCAGCUGGUGGCCAGCGUGCAGUACUGCGGAAACGCGGCGCUGAGACUAGUCGAUAGGACUGAACCGGGGGAUUCGCAUUUGCAAAUGCUGAUACACGAUUUUAUUGUUGGUAAAAAGAAACCAACAGAGGAAAUCCAGCGUAGCAUAAUGGGUCGGGUGUUUGAAGCCGUCGCGGAUAAGGGCAGGGUUAUUACUUCGCGCUUGGCUUUACCGGCCAAUGCGUGAUAGAUAAUAAAUAUGUAUAAGUGUUCUCUAUUGUUUAUGUCACAUUUCGUAUUGGUUAUGGUACGAAGUGUAGACAAUGUAUAUUUUAGGUCUCCAAUUGUUCUAUUGAACAUACUAUAAACAACUACUAACAAUCCUAGCCGUCGUCAAGAAGUGUCCGAGUAAUGUUGUAUGGACAUUCGCUCAAAUUAACACCUUA